UUUAGGCCAAGGUGAGUAUGCACGUCAGACUGAAAGCGAGCGCACACACGCAAGAGAGAGAGAGAGAGAGAGAGAGAGAGGGAGAGAGAGAGGUGGAUGGGAGAGAGUGAGCAGCUGAGAACGAGAGGACAGACUUGUUGGACCGGUUUUGCAUAACUUAAGGUGUGACUGAGAGAACAAGGCCAUUGUGGUAGGGAGGAGAGGAUGGUGGCAGUUCACUGACACAGGCUUAAACUCAGAAUUACUUUGAAACCCACAGUUAAAGGACAUUUAAAGGACACACAGAAAAGGUAAGAUAUAAUUUAGAUGCUACCUGGUGUAUAUUUCUACAUUGCACAUUGUUGAGUAUGUAGACAUAGACUAGAAGUCACUGGCCACUUUAAGAAAUGGAACACUAGCCACUUUAAUAAUGUUUACAUAGCUUGCAUUACUCAUCUCAUAUGUAUAUACUGUAUUCUAUACUAUUCUACGGUAUCUUAGUCACUUUAAUAAUGUUUACAUAGCUUGCAUUACUCAUCUCAUAUGUAUAUACUGUAUUCUAUACUAUUCUACGGUAUCUUAGUCACUUUAAUAAUGUUUACAUAGCUUGCAUUACUCAUCUCAUAUGUAUAUACUGUAUUCUAUACUAUUCUACGGUAUCUUAGUCACUUUAAUAAUGUUUACAUAGCUUGCAUUACUCAUCUCAUAUGUAUAUACUGUAUUCUAUACUAUUCUACUUUAUCUUAGUCCAUGCCGCUCUGACAUUGCUCAUCCAUAUAUGUAUAUAUUCUUAAUUAAUUCCUUGCUUAGAUUUGUGUUUAUUGGGUAUAUGCUGUGAAAUUGUUAGAUAUUACUUGUUAGAUGUUAUGUAUGAAAAUGUAUGCACUCACUAACAGUAAGUUGCUCUGGAUAAGAGCGUCUGCAAAAUGACUAAAAUGUAAAAAAUGUAAAUGUUACUGCACUGUCGGAGCUAGAAGCACAAGCAUUUCGCUACACCCGCAAUAACAUCUGCUAAAUACGUGUAUGUGACCAAUACAAUUUGAUUUGAUUUGAGUACUUUGUGUACAGUAAACUCCUAGAAAAAAAGUGCUAUCUAGAACCUUAAAGGGUUCUUUGGCUGUCCCCAUAGGAUUUAUGCUGGGAGGCUCUGUUACAGAGUAGUGUAAAUGCUUAUUUUAGGCUGGAUCAUGUUGUUGAAUUGUAUUGUAUUGUUGUAUGUUUUAAUUCUGUAAUGUAUUGAUUGUUGCUGCCUUCUUGGCCAGGUCUCCCUUGAAAAAGAGACUCUGGGUCUCAAUGGGCUUUUCCUGGUCAAAUAAAGGUUAAAUAAAUAAAUAGAAAUAGGAGAACCCUUUGAAGAACCCUUUUUGGUUCCAGGUAGAACCCUUUUGGGUUCAAUGCAGAACCCUUUCCACAGAGGGUUGUACAUGGAACCCAAAAGGGUUCUACCUGGAACCAAAAAAGGGUCUACCUGGAACCAAAAAGGGUUCUCCUAUGGGGACAGCCGAAGAACACUUUUGGAACCCUUUUUUUCUAAGAGUGUAUGUGUGUCUUCGAGAAUUAGCAAACAGACCAAUAACAAACAAUGUCUCGACCUAACGUGACAAAACUAUUUAUCUGUCUAAAUCUGUUGUUCCAAUUCUGUCUAAAGUUGUUGAGGAAUACAUUUGCUUUGUCAUUUUAGCCAUAUAAAGUUGUAUAAAUGUGAGUUGACGUGUGUUAGUCACAGUAGGCCUACGUAAAUAUUGAUAUUUGGACCUCUGCUUGUUAAAUAUUACAUUGAAUUGUUUUUAAAGUACAUUUUUUACUAGAUUAUCACUGAUCAAGAUAGUUUGUGCCUUCAUUUCAAGACUUCCUUUUGUAAACCUAUUAUGCACAUUUGAGAGGAAGUGCCAUUGACUCUAUAUGUCAUUCAUUAUUUACCAAGGAGAUUAAAUAUGUCACAGUUCCAUAUGCAUUUACUGAAGGGCGUUUCCCAUGGUGUUGAAUCAAUGGUUGUUAUUAGCAACAGUCAUGAACUAAGUCUUAGGAACAACAUUUUUUUUGCCUUAAUCAUAUUCAUGACAGUGGCAGGCCUUUGUUGCAAGUGAGGAUAUUUGUCACGAUCGUCAGGGAGAGACCAAUGCGCAGCGUGAUGAACGAACAUGAUACUUUAUUUAAUUAAAGUGCACACACGAAACAACAAAACAAUAAACGACUCGUGAAGUCCACGGUAACAAUGACCGACACUGAACAAGAACCCACAAACACAAAAGGAAAACAGACAGUAUAAAUAUGGCUCCCAAUCAGAGACAACCAGCCAACAGCUGACACUCGUUGCCUCUGAUUGGGAGUCACUCAGGCCAACAUAGAAAUACACAACCUAGAACCCCCAACAUAGAAAUAGAACACAUAGAAUGAACACACCCUGGCUCAACAUAUAGAGUCCCAGAGCCAGGGUGUGACAGUACCCUCCCCCCCUAAAGGCGCGGACUGCGACCGCGCCUCAAUAAGAGCAAAACAGGGGAGGGCUGGGUGGGCAUACCUCCUCGGCGGCGGUUCUGGCUCCGGCCUUGCCCACCACCCUCCAAUAAUCCCCCCAUAGCGCCCCUGGUCCGGUCUGGCCCCGCUGGCUGGAGCUGACCUGAACGUAGCAGGAACGGCUAGCUUCAGCUCCGCUGUGGAGCAGUUGAGCGGUACCUGAUUUGGCACCGAUGACCCAGGCACGGGUUGUGCCGGACUGACGACGCGCACCCCUGGCUUGGUGCGUGAGGCAGGAACGGACCGGACCGGGCUGACGAUGCGCACCCCUGGCUUGGUGCGUGGAGCAGCAACGGGCCGGACCGGGCUGACGAUACGCACCCCUGGCUUGGUGCGUGGAGCCGGAACGGGCCUCAUCGGACUGACGACUCGCACCCCUGGCUUGGUGCGUGGAGCAGCAACGGGCCGGACCGGGCUGACGAUGCGCACCCCUGGCUUGGUGCGUGGAGCCGGAACGGGCUUUACCGGGCUGACGACUCGCACCCCUGGCUUGGUGCGAGUAGCAGGAACGGGCUGGACCAGGCUGACGACUCGCACCCCUGGCUUGGUGCGAGUAGCAGGAACGUUCUGGACCAGGCUGACGACUCGCACCCCUGGCUUGGUGCGAGUGGCAGGAACAGGCCGGGCCGGGCUGGCGACUCGCACCCCUGGCUUGGUGCGAGUGGCAGGAACAGGCCGGGCCGGGCUGGCGACGCGCACCGUAGGCUUGGUGCGAGUGGCAGGAACAGGCCGGGCCGGGCUGGCGACGCACACCGUAGGCUUGGUGCGAGUGGCAGGAACAGGCCGGGCCGGGCUGGCGACGCACACCGUAUACUUGGUGCGAGUGGCAGGAACAGGCCGGGCCGGGCUGGCGACGCGCACCGUAGUCUUGGUGCGUGGAGCAGGGACAGGCCGGGCCGGGCUGGCGACGCACCCCGUAGGCUUGGUGCGUGGAGCAGGAACAGGCCGGGCUGGGCUGGCGACGCACCCCGUAGGCUUGGUGCGUGGAGCAGGGACAGGCCGGGCUGGGCUGGCGACGCACCCCGUAGGCUUGGUGCGUGGAGCAGGGACAGGCCGGGCUGGGCUGGCGACGCACCCCGUAGGCUUGGUGCGUGGAGCAGGGACAGGCCGGGCUGGGCUGGCGACGCACACCGUAGGCUUGGUGCGUGGAGCAGGGACAGGCCGGACUGGGCUGGCGACGCACACCGUAGGCUUGGUGCGUGGAGCAGGGACAGGCCGAACCGGGCUGUGGAGACGGAUAGGAGACCUGGAGUGAAGAGCGGCCACAACCCGUCCUGGCUGAAUGCCUACCCUCACACACUCUGUGUGAGGCAUCCGCACAGGACGUACAGGGCUGUGUACCCGUACUGGCAUAACAGCAUACCGCGGAACCUGCCCCGUCCCAUGCUGCCAUGCCUGAGUACGGGAAGUUGGUUCCGCUCUCCAUCCAGGCUCCUCCAACCUGCCUUCUGGCCCCCUUAACCCGGUGGCCUCCUCUCCAAAUCGCCCUGUGGCAGCCUCCUGCUGCCCAGCCGCCCAUGCCGUGUGCCCCCCCCUAAAUUUUUUUUGGGGUUGCCUCUCGUCCGUCCGACGAUGGCACUGCUGACGCCGCUGCUCCUCUCUCGCCAGGGCCUUAAUCCUAGCCCAAGGUCCCUUGCCCCCGAGCAUGUCCUCCCAGGACCACGAUUUGCCCACCUGGGCCAUCGCCAGCCUCUCCAUCUCCUUUCCUGGCGCUUCCUCCCAUGUCCAGACUGCCUGCUCCUGGACACGCUGCUUGGUCCUUUUAUGGUGGGUUCUUCUGUCACGAUCGUCAGGGAGAGACCAAUGCGCAGCGUGAUGAACGAACAUGAUACUUUAUUUAAUUAAAGUGCACACACGAAACAACAAAACAAUAAACGACUCGUGAAGUCCACGGUAACAAUGACCGACACUGAACAAGAACCCACAAACACAAAAGGAAAACAGACAGUAUAAAUAUGGCUCCCAAUCAGAUACAACCAGCCAACAGCUGACACUCGUUGCCUCUGAUUGGGAGUCACUCAGGCCAACAUAGAAAUACACAACCUACAACCCCCAACAUAGAAAUAGAACACAUAGAAUGAACACACCCUGGCUCAACAUAUAGAGUCCCAGAGCCAGGGUGUGACAAUAUUGACCUUACUGACUGUAGCUUAAUUUGUGUUUUAUCCGCUGGAUUCCAACCAUGAAGUCAAAUGACAAAGGUGCUUUACAAAAACUAUCCCUUGAAGGUAGAAAGGUGCAUGAUACAGUAUGAGUGUCCUGGUUUUAAAAAAUCUCUCUCUCCUUUUCCUCCAGACUUCCUCCGAUAGACCCUGUUCUUCCCCAAAAUACCAAAGCAGCGAUGAUGGACCCCUACGGAAUUCCAAGCCCCCCCAUUCCACAUGCUCCCAACCCCCUGCUUUCCAACCCUCCACCUUACCCAGGAAUCAGAGGUAUAAAGAUGGGAGCCAUCUUCUUUGUUUGAGAGCCAAUGUUUGUGCAUGCUCUGGCAAUUUACAUGUUUGCCAUGUCAAUGAAAUGCUUUGAACCGAAUUGGCUAAAAGGAGGGGAAGAGUUGGGAAGAGAGAGGAAGAGAGAGAGAGGGGGAGGGAGGGGAGAAAUGAGGCACUGGUAGAGGUAUUUAAGGUAAAAUAUUAUCAGGAAUACAGAGAUUACAUUGUGUGUGUUGGGGGAAGGUGUGUGGGGAGUUAGAGUGGGCAGGAAUUCUGAAUGCAGGAAAUUCCAACUAUGGCAAUGAAUAGAAAUGGACGCUAGGAAUCUUCUCUUCUGUCCUCAACAGCGAAUGGUGUAAACGGCGGGCAACCUCAGCCUGAUAUUUAUUUUCUACGAGCUGAGAGAGAAGUGGUAUGUAAUAAUAUUAUAAUACACUUUACAAUUUCAAUAUUAAAUGAUUUAAUCACAAUUUUACUGUAGGGUUAACUCUUUUCUCAUGUGUCUGAAUUUUAGGGGAUCCUUAAUCACUGUUUCAAUGACAUUGAGGUCUUCAUGGCAAAGCUACAACAGACUGCAGUGGCUGCCACAGUUUUAAGCCAGAGGAAGAAGAAAAAUAAGAAAAGUCGCAAGCAAAGAGCAGAGGGUAAGAGGGAUAAGGAAUUUGUUUUUGUUUUGUCCUAAACUACUCACAUGAGCAACAAUAGGUUUGCUAGCCAAGUGACCUCCUGAACUGGUUCAACUCAGGAUGCCUUUCAAAGCUAAAAUCAAUGAUCCUUUCCUGAUAAUGUAUUUUUUCUCUGCCUUGACUAUAGAGGACUUGCUUACUGCAAAGGCUUGCCCUCCACCUAAAGAAGAAUUCAUGGAUAUCUUCCAAAAAUUCAAAUACUGCUUCAGUCUACUGGUGAGUAAAGGGAACACUGCCACUACUAUGUCAACAAAACAGUUUAGAUAUUGUGUACUCAUCAUAUUUAUUUCCAGGUUCGUCUCAAGUCUUCCAUCUCCAACCCAUCCUCAGAAGAGCUGCUCCACCAUAUGUUCAAACCUCUUGAUAUGGUGAGUCAACAAUGAUAACCUUUAUACCCAUUGCUUAUGCUCUGGCUAUAAGAGGCCAACAGAGGGAGAAAGCUAUGGGGACAACACCUGUUGCUAUUGUUGUCAACACAGGAUUAGAUCGUUAUAACUAGAAGGGGGGGGGGGAACAAAAGCAUUAUCUUUAAAACUAACUUUUAUAUGAUCAUUAGUAUUCUUAUGUCAUCUCAAUUAUGAAAUUAGAUAGGUGAGUGAUUCUCAUAUUUAAGGGCUAAAUUAGUAUGUUUAGAAAUUAUGUAGAUUUUUGACUCCCUUUGUUACAUACUUAUUGGCUAUACUGUAUGUCUGCUCUGUCUAUUUGUCCAUAUGUUUGUCCGUAUAUACUUCAUGUGUAUUGCUACACAUGUACAGUGCCUUCAGAAAAUAUUCAUACUCCUUGACUUAUUCCACAUUUUGUUGUGUUACAGCCUGAAUUCAAAAUUGAUAAAAUAGAUUUUUUUCUGUCACCCAUCUACACACAAUACCCCAUAAUGACAAAGUGAAAACAUGUUUUAGACGCUUUUAUAGGUUCGGUUUUUCAGACACACUCCCUGUGUAUUGCUGACUUUGUGGACUUAUAGUAACUCCUGGAUAGAAAAGUGCUUUCAAUGGAGAAUCUCCAUUGAGAAUUAUGUUUAGUCCAGGACUAGGCUUAAUCUGUGUCUGGGAAAACCGGACCAUAGAGUUCAUUAGGCCUAGCUUGCUCUUCAUUAUGAAUCUACUGUUGCCAAUUCUCCAGUCAAUCCAUUAUUUCCAAUGAUCCUGAUCUAAACUGUGGUCUCUUUCAUGUGUGGCCCCAGCUGGUGAGGAUUACUGGGGGCCCUGCUCUAGGGGCCUCAGUGAUCAGCCCUGCCCUGACCAACUCAGCCAUAUCCCUACUUCAAGACAACCUGUCCGAAGAGGAGAGGCAGCUAUGGACGGCCCUUGGGCCCCACUGGACACUCCCACGGUCAGUACUAACAAGUGCUUUGUGCCUCAUGGACCCCUAUGAACCCUUAUUAUGAAUAAACCCUUGGCUAUUGAGUGUGGCAGUCUAUAGUCUCACGUGAUAGACCUGUAUGGCUCUCUUUACUGACACCGCCGCAGGCAUGACAUGAUGAGACAGCAUGACAUGCCAAUGUCAAUAUUUAGUCAGCCAGUAACACGUGCCACUGAAAUAGUACUGUGGAGAGAGAUGACCUAAUUCCUUUGGCUCAUCUCAGUCAAGUUCUAGGCUAUGUCUACACUGGUUAUAAUAUUCGUUAUAAUAUUUGUUUUUUAAAGGUCAAAGAUCAUUACUUAUGUAACCGGUGUGAAAUGGCUAGCUAGUUAGCGGUGUGCGCUAGUAGCGUUUCAAUCGGUGACGUCACUCGCUCUGAGACCUUGAAGUAGUUGUUUCCCUUGCUCUGCAAGGGCCGUGGCUUUUGUGGAGCGAUGGGUAACGGUGCUUCGAGGGUGACUGUUGUCGAUGUGUGCAGAGGGUCCCUGGUUCAAGCCCAGGUAGUGGCGAGGAGAGGGACGGAAGCAACACUGUUACAAUUACUCUCUCUCUCUCCUCUAAGUUCCCAGCUCAGUGGGCCCGUGGCUCCGUACACGCCUGUGUUCCUGGACGGGUGGAAGCCAGAGGCCUCCAGGGCAGAUGGGCAGGUUUGGGAGGAUCCGGUCGAGUCACAACACAAACAUGAAGCCUUGCGGGAAAAACAACAGGUAUGGAAUAUGAGAUGUACAUCCAUGUCAAUCAUGUACAUUGAGGAGUUCACAAAGUGAGUAACAUCAUAUGAAUUUGCUCUGUACUGUCCUGACAUCAUCCCCCCCCCCCCCCCCCUCUUUGCUAAUUCAGCUGCAGCCUACUCAGCCAGUUGGACCUCCAGUCACCCCUAUGAGCGAUGAAGCGUACGUAUUGAAGUCACCUUUGGAUUAAAAACAAAACUAUUUCUUUGUAUUGUUUACUUUUAUUUUGUAGUAAUAUCAAUCAUCCACUCCGUCCCUCUCAGGGAUAGCAGUGUCCUACCCCCUGAGGGAGAGAGGAUGUACAGCUGCAGCUAUGACUUUGUGGCCCGCAACAACAGUGAGCUGUCAGUGCAACAGGGAGAUACACUGGAGGUAAACAUCUGAAAAGUCAUUAAGUGACAUUACGUAACAUUACACAACAGAACUAUUCAGGAACAUUCUUGAAAAACACACGCCUGGCAGCUAGUCUCUGUGCCACGCUUCUAGGGCUCUCUUUUAAUGGUAAGACACAUGGCUGAUAAAGACAAAAUCUGGUAUACAAUCCGGUAAUAUUGGUGUACUGUAAAAAGAAAUGUCUCCUCAAUCAAGCAUUAUUGUUUAAUCAGGGUGUGACGCCAGAGUUAAAAAACCUAGUAAACAAAUAUUGGUGCACAGGUACACUUUGUCCUUGCCAGAUUCUGGUCAUACUGUACAUACAUACGGGUUGUUACCUGGGCAACAACUAUCACUGCUAGAAAUAGAAAAUUGUGAGUUGCGCAAUACCACACGAUUAAGUCUAUCACUUGUUUCAUUCUUCCUUAAUUAUUCUCUGUAUAAACAUUGGCUACUCUCCUUUUCUGUGUCAGGUGGUGGAGUCGUCCAAACGCUGGUGGAAGUGUCGUAAUCGCUUCAACGAGGUCGGCUUUGUCCCCUUCAACAUCCUGGAGCCAGUGUCUCACAUAGAAAGCCCUGUGACCAUGAGACCACCCAAGGUAACACACCAAUGUAACACACACAUGCACACACACACCCCAAUCCAUGCCCAUUCCUUUACUCACACCCUCAUACUGGUACUGGUUUUCCAUUCAUUGAUUCAAUAUUCCUUAUCAAUGUUGUUCACUCUCUUUCCUUUCCCCUCUGCUCCGGUCCAGCCUCCAGUCUCACCUGCCCUGACCAAGACUCACACUCCUCCCAGCCCUCCUGCCUGGAAUCCUAGCUCCUUGACCCCUCGCCCCUCAGCCCACCACCGCCCUCGCCCACUAUCAUACAGCCAAUCCAUUCCAGCCGGAGAUAACACAGACAAAGGUAUCACACUAUACUGAGAGGCUUUAUAUUUCUGCACUGUGUGUCAGAGGAGCAGCUCAGGCGCUGCACUAUACAGAGACGCUUUCUGUCUUUUCUCUGUUGUGUGAAUGUGUAUGUGUGUCUGUGUGCACACGCAAGUGUGUGUGUGAGGGAGGCUCCAGAGAGGGGGGAAAGUGGUUGUCUGUUUGCACUGUGUGUGAAUGACAUAAAAACAGGAGAGAACGACAGACAGUGCUUUCAGGUCUUAUGGCUGCCCUGUUUUAGUAAGAUCAACCAGAGAGAGAUAGACAACCUACUGUAGAUAACACUAUAACACAUCGUAAAAACUCUCCCUCUCCUCAGUCAUGAUGGUGAACGACAAGCUGCUCCAGAGACUGACCAAUGGGAAGGCCAGCCUGAACAAGCCCCUGGUCAUCCCUCGCUCCUCAGACACCUUGGUCCCCCUGGACUACCGCUCACCCCCCGAGGAGGUGGAGGAGUGGCUCAGGGGGAAGGGCUUCAGUGAGAUGUGAGUUUGACGUGACCCCCUCUAACCCUAAACUCCGUACUCAUCCCAUUCCAAUCAGGGACCUAUUCUGGUCAUGGGGACUUUGUGGACUUAUAGUAACUCCAGGAUUUACAGUUGAAUUUGGAAGUUUACAUACACCUUAGUCAAAUACAUUUAAACUCAGUUUUUCACAAUUCCUGACAUUUAAUCCUAGUAGAAAUUCACUGUUUUAGGUCAGUUAGGAUCACCACUUUAUUUUAAGAAUGUGAAAUGUCAGAAUAAUAGUAGAGAGAAUGAUUUAUUUCAGCUUUUAUUUCUUUCAUCACAUUCCCAGUGGGUCAGAAGUUUACAUACACUCAAUUAGUAUUUGGUAGCAUUGCCUUUAAAUUGUUUAACUUGGGUCAAACAUUUCGGGUAGCCUUCCACAAGCUUCCCACAAUAAGUUGGGUGAAUUUUGGCCCAUUCCUCCUGACAGAGCUGGUGUAACGGAGUCAGGUUUGUAGGCCUCCUUGCUCGCACACGCUUUUUCAGUUCUGCCCACACAUUUUCUAUAGGAUUGAGGUCAGGGCUUUGUGAUGGCCACUCCAAUACCUUGACUUUGUUGUCCUUAAGCCAUUUUGCCACAACUUUGGAAGUAUGCUUGGGGUCAUUGUCCAUUUGGAAGACCCAUUUGCGACCAAGCUUUAACUUCCUGACUGAUGUCUUGAGAUGUUGCUUCAAUAUAUCCACAUAAUUUUCCUUCCUCAUGAUGCCAUCUAUUUUGUGAAGUGCACCAGUCCCUCCUGCAGCAAAGCCCCCCCACAGCAUGAUGCUGCCACCCACAUGCUUCACGGUUGGGAUGGUGUUAUUUGGCUUGCAAGCCACCCCCCUUUUUCCUCCAAACAUAACGAUGGUCAUUAUGGCCAAACAGUUCUAUUUUUGUUUCAUCAGACCAGAGGACAUUUCUCCAAAAAGUAUGAUCUUUGUCUCCAUGUGCAGUUGCAAACCGUAGUCUGGCUUUUUUAUGGCGGUUUUGGAGCAGUAGCUUCUUCCUUGCUGAGCAGCCUUUCAGGUUAUGUCGAUAUAGGACUCGUUAUACUGUGGAUAUAGAUGCUUUUGUACCUGUUUCCUCCAGCAUCUUCACAAGGUCCUUUGCUGUUGUUCUGGGAUUGAUUUGCACUUUUUGCACCAAAUUACAUUCAUAUCUAGGAGACAGAACGCGUCUCCUUCCUGAGCGGUAUGAUGGCUGCGUGGUCCCAUGGUGUUUAUACUUGCGUACUAUUGUUUGUACAGAUGAACGUGGUACCUUCAGGCGUUUGGAAAUUGCUCCCAAGGAUGAACCAGACUUGUGGGGGUCUACAAUUCUUUUUCUGAGGUCUUGGCUGAUUUCUUUUGAUUUUCCCAUGAUGUCAAGCAAAGAGGCACUGAAUUUGAAGAUAGGCCUUGAAAUUCAUCCACAGGUACACCUCCAAUUGACUCAAAUUAUGUCAAUUAGCAUAUCAGAAGCUUCUAAAGCCAUGACAUAAUUUUCUGGAAUUUUCCAAGCUGUUUAAAGCCACCGUCAACUUAGUGUAUGUAAACUUUUGACCCACUGGAAUUGUGAUACAGUGAGUUAUAAUUGAAAUAAUCUGUCUGUAAAAAAUUGUUGGAAAUUUUACUAGAUGUCCUAACCGACUUGCCAAAACUAUAGUUUAACAAGACAUUUGUGGAGUGGUUGAAAAACACGUUUUAAUGACUCCAACCUAAGUGUAUGUAAACUUCAGACUUUAACUGUAGUUAUAUGCAUUGCUUAUUGAUCAGUUCAAAGGCAUUUGUCGCAAUAUACCGAUAUUCAUUUACUUUCUACCGAAUCAAUUGUAAUUGGUUGAACCUGAAACAGUUCUCAAGACCUGGAUUGAGUAACCCUGUCACUCAAUAGAUCUUUCUAGUUCAUACACAGAGAUGACUCAGUUGUUAACGGAUGAUUGAAUAGGAUAGAUAAACGAAGGGUAGUGACUGACUACCUGUGUGUGUCUCCCCCCUCAGGACGGUGACGUUACUUGGAAAGCUGACAGGAGCCCUGCUCUUCUCUCUGAACAAGGAGGACCUACGAGAAGUCCUACCAGACGAGGGCGCCAGAGUGUACAGCCAGCUCACUGUGCAGAAAGCACUGUUGGAGGUACUGAUCAACCUAUUCUGCACAUUAUUAUACACUACAUGGCCAAAAGUAUGUGGACACCUGCUCGUCGAACAUCUCAUUCCAAAAUCAUGGACAUUAAUAUGGAGUUGGUCCCCCCUUUGCUGCUACAACAGCCUCCACUCUUCUGGGAAGGCUUUCCACUAGAUGUUGGAACAUUGCUGCGGGGACUUGCAUCCAUUCAGCCACAAUAUCAUUAGUGAGGUCGAGCACUGAUGUUGGGCGAUUAAGCCUGGCUCGCAGUCGAAGUUCCAAUUCAUCCCAAAGGUGUUCAAUGGGGUUGAGAUCAGGGCUCUGUGCAGGCCAGUCAAGUUCUUCCACACCGAUCUCGACAAACCAUUUCUGUAUAGACCUCGCUUUGUGCACGGGGGCAUUGUCAUGCUGAAACAGGAAAGGGCCUUCCCCAAACUGUUACCACAAAGUUGGAAGCACGGAAUUGUCUAGAAUGUCAUUGUAAGCUGUAGCGUUAAGAUUUCCCUUCACUGGAACUAAGGGGCCUAGCCCAAACCAUGAAAAAGCCCCAGACCAUUAUUUACAGUUGGCACUAUGCAUUCGGGCAGGUAGCGUUUUCUCCUGGCAUCCGCCAAACCCAGAUUAGUCCGUUGGACUGCCAGAUGGUGAAGCAUGAUUCAUCACUCCAGAGUCCAAUGUCGGUGAGCUUUUCACCACUCCAGCCGACGCUUGGCAUGGUGAGCUUAAGCUUGUGUGCGGCUGCUCGUCCAUGGAAACCCAUUUCAUGAAGCUCUCAACGAACAGUUAUUGUGCUGAAGUUGCUUCCAGAGGCAGUUUGGAACUCGGUGCUUCAGCACUCGGCGGUCCCGUUCUGUGAGCUUGUGUGGCCUACCACUUCACGGCUCAUGUUGCUCCUAGAAGUUUCCACUUCAUAAUAACAGCACUUAGAGUUGACUGGUGCAGCUCUAGCAGGGUAGAAAUGUGAAAAACUGACUUUUUGGAAAGGUGGCCUCCUAUGACGGUUCCACGUUGAAUGUCACUGAGCUCUUCAGUAAGGCCAUUCUACUGCCAAUGUUUGUCUAUGGAGAUUGCAUGGCUGUGUGCUCGAUUUUAUACAUCUGUUAGCAAAGGGUGUGGCUGAAAUAGACAAAUCCACUAAUUUGAAGGGGUGUCCACAUACUUUAGUGUAGGGUCAUAUAAGUGGGAAUUAUUUUAGUAGGCAACCUCUGAUGAGUGCCAUAUAGAUCUUCUACAAUUACUAAUUCUAUGAUGAUUGCAGUGUGCCUCAGCAUUAUCUUAUGUAUAAAACUAAUACAAAAUAAUAUAUUUUCCAAGUUUUACUCCAGCUGCACACAGUUCUGAGUUUUAAAUCCAUAAUGUCCCUGUUGUGUCAUCUUUCCAUGUUUUGACCUACCAUAAUUUGUACCUGAUUGAAAUGCUGUUUUUCCAGGACGCCAAGAAGGCCACAGAGCUGGAGGCAGUGAUGGAAAAGCAGAAGAUGAAGGUGGAUCUGAAACUGGAGAGUAGCACACUGUAAGACCCAAGUGUCAGAUAUCAUGUAUCACUCCCCUAAAAAGGAAAAGACUCAUGCUAAAAGAGAACAACCCCUGCACACAUACAUGCACGCACACAAUUACAAAGACUGUCUUGAUUCUAUCCAUGAAAAGACAUUCACUGACGGAUGGAACAUUAUGCCGAUAUGAAUUUUAUGUAAUUGGUUGCUCUUCAAGUCAGACUGUCUAGUCUUGAAUCAAGGCUUUGCCUUUUGUUGUAAAUGCUUGCUUUUAAGUUAAACUUUUUAUGAGCAAUUGUCCUCUGUUAAGACAAUGUACAUCCAUUAUCUUGGCUGUACUCUGGAAUAUUCUCUCCUUUCUAUGUUGACUUGACUGAAUCAAUUGUACCAUGUCCCCCUGCUAUUUGCAGACCAACUUAAAUUAAUGUAUACUUGUCUUGAUUCUGUCCAUUCUUUAUACACACAAUAUAUUAGACAAGAAAGCCUUUUCUUCUAAUAGAACUUCAGUUUUACACAGAUCUUAGGUAAAUACAUGAAAACUGGGAUUUUUAUUCAGGCUUCAAGAGAAAAUCAUCUUCCAGGAAAUAAUACAAACAGACCAGACAAAGUCUACAGACGGCACACAUUAGGAAAAGCAAUGCAUCAUUUAUAUAUGUUUGCAUCCAACUUCAAGUGACUGACUUUAACCAAAAAAGAAAGAACAUUUACAAACUGUUGAAUCAGCAUCAAAAUAUUGGAAAGUGAAAUGGACAUAAGCACCUACUGUGCUUAAGACAAUGUUCCCAGCACAAAGUGUCGUAGGCCAAAAACAGGGUAACGUAGCUGACUACCAGGGCAACAUAGCGGACUACCAAUGCAACGUAGCGGACUACCAGGGUAACGUAGCGGACUACCAGGGCCACGUAGCGGACUACCAGGGUAACGUAGGGGACUACCAGGGUAACGUAGCGGACUACCAGGGUAACGUAGGGGACUACCAGGGCCACGUAGCGGACUACCAGGGUAACGUAGGGGACUACCAGGGUAACGUAGGGGACUACCAGGGUAACGUAGCCAACUUCUAGGGUCACAUACAGUAAGAAGCCUGGAACAGUCAUUUUCAAUCCAAAACAGCAUUUACUACUCAAAACAUUGGAGAGGCAUGCAAAGUCCAUGUCUACACACAUAUGCAGACUUGACCGCUCGCAUGCCAAGACUAUGAUAAUAAGGGUUAAUAUUUGUAUUCAACAUGAAAACUUGGAACAAACUUGUACAAUUCUAUGGAGAGAAAAAAAAAAACUAGCCACCGUUGAACACAAAGGACAAUAAAAUCUAAAACGUAUGAAAAUCUUGUCCGUAUUAGUCAUCAUGACAUUAAAUUGAACUGCUACAAUCUCUCCAGCGAUAAACAUCCUCAGUCAGUAUAAACCACAGAUAUAGAAGCAGAGGGUAUUUCACAAGCUGACAGAAAUGAGGUCACUGAUAUUCACAACUGACCAAAUUCCCUUUGAUUUCCAAAUGUCCUGAUCCAGUCAAAAAAUAACAAUAUGGGUUAGUUUAUCAAUCUUAGGCCAGAUAUGUGCAGAAGAGAUUCUAUGAUUACUGGUAUAUUAAAUAUUUAGUGCAACAUCAAAUGGCAAAUUGAUGCAACCAGCGUUGUGAAAUAGCCUCUAGGAAGGGAAGAAAGCCUUGCAGGGAGAAGCCAAUCCAAGACAGUCUGCUGGGUCGUGUUUAUUAGGGCAAUAACUGAAAACAUUUAGCAAUGUUUUUACAGGAAAUAAAAAAUUUAGGUUUUUUAUUGGACAAGUCCAGGUGACCCCUCCCUGUUUCAGUCCGGUU